UCAAGCAACAAGUACUUCUCUCCGUACCGCCAUUUUCACGCAAUCAUCUCAUCUGUCUUCUAUUGUGUUCUGGCUUCACCCCAUCUAAAUAGCCAUGCUCGCUAUUUUAGACCUUUUGUGGCCCACCAACCCCCUUGUCUAUGGGCCCAUUGUGGUCUGGUUCUGUAUCCGUCCGUUGUUCACCUUCUACUCCGGGAAAAGAACUCACGGCCCCCCUCGCGGCUUUCUGAUCUGGAUUCCACGCGUUUUCUUGAUCGAUUCCCGCACAAUCUUGACCACCAACAGUCUGGAGGCUUACCUGCUCCUUCGCUUUCAGAAGUUUUGUUUGGCGUUAUGUGUCCUAGCGAUUGUUGUCUAUGGUGUGCCGCUCGGCUGGGUUUAUCAAAGGGUACCGAUACCCCUUAGAGUGUACAGAUAUGGGAGGAUUAGCUUUUACAAUGUUCCGAAGGGUUGGAAUCUCCUGCUGCCAACGUUGCUCUGCAUCCUCUAUACUGUGAUUUCUCUCUAUGCCAUCGUCCAUGAAACGUACUUCUACCACAGAGCAAGAGACGCCGUGAUGCUGCGCAGCGGAAUGCUAGAGCGAGUGUCGACAAGAACCGUUUUGUUCAAGACCCUCACGAGAAACAUCUACGAGGAUGACAUCCGCGACGAACUAGGAGCCGCGGAUAUUGAAGAUGUCCUCAUCCAAUGCGAUACCACGCGACUUGAAGAUAUUUUCUACCAAGUUCCUCAUUUCCGGGGUGCAGUCGAGAGGGGCCUACUCCGGUCUAUGAGACAUCGACUUAGAACUGGAACGGACAGUUCCGACCCCGGCCCGGCUCAAUGCCUCCAGUGGCUCGAUUUCAUGUGGAACGCCGUCAUCCUCGAAAGAAUGAAAUUGGAGAAGGACGAGGCCUUGGAAACUGGCUUCGUGUUUGUCCUUUUUCGCGACUUCCGAACGGCUAUGAAAGCCUACCUCUGCAACGAUUAUACCCUGGAACCGAUCGCUAUCGGCGUGAAACCGAGGGAUCUAUUGUAUGACAAUUUCCACGAUCUUCUCCCAAAGGACCGGCUCAGUAACGAUGGAUGGCGGAACCACUUGCUCGCGCUUCUCGUGCCUGUGGCUUUCUACGUCCCUUUCUCGAGCUGGCUCGUGUAUCUCGCCAAGGAUAUACUAAGCCGUGUCACCAGAGACGUCACGCUGGUCUUCCUCGCCCUCUGUAUGCGUUGGCUUGCAAUGCAAGGCCUCCAACUUCGCCGACUUCAGAGGUCGGUUGUCGACCGCCUCUCCAUGAAUAUGCUCCUCGAGAUGGACUUGUACACGAUCUUCCUUGUAUGUGGAGGGUUUUUUGAUCCGAAGAUGCCAGUUGUGCUCCAUGAUAUUACCAAUGCUAUUUACAUCGUCGCUAUUCAAGCGGAUCUCCUGAUCUUCGUGUCUCUGACAUUUGCCCUCCUUGCCAAAGCGGGGGCGAUCACACCGCGAGAGAUAUGGGAGAGUCGCCAGCUUCCCAAGAAUAACCUGACUGUUCGAUACAAAACUUUCAUUUUGGCCCUUAUCCUCAUCAUGACUGCUUCCCCUAUCGUGCCACUAAUAGGUAUCGGCUGCUUUCUGUUCCUUGUCAUCAAUUAUUUCUACUGGAAAUACAACCUGCUCUACGUAUUUGCCGACGUCGACGACUCUUUCGGGUUCUACCACGGCGAAUCGCUGCUCUGGCUCUGCCGUUGUGCCGUCUGGGGCGGUCCGAUGCAGCUACUCUCAACCGUCUGGGUGAAGCACAACUUCGCCGAAAUCAUCCACAAAUUCAUGUGGCGCCGCUCCCUCGACAGGGGUCUCCGAGCCGACUUCGUCGUCUGCAUCGUCGCGUUGGCGAUCUUCGUCCUUCUAUCGAUGUGCACCCAACACUACUAUGACUUCAUCGAGCCGCUGAUGAACCUCCACCCGUGCAUCAUCUCCGAUGAUACCCAUCGACUGGAGCGCGAUAUCCGCGACGGAUUCUACUCCCCCCGCCCCCCGAAACACGUCUUCGCACGCCUCUACCGCUUCAUCUGGCCCGACUACGCCACCAUCCGCGAAUUCGUGAACCCCCGCACCUGUCCGCCCGCGCCCAAUCUCGACGCCUAUCUGCGGCCGUGGGAGGAAAUGGACCCGUUCCCGAUUUGGCUGCCGGAAGACCCGGAUGGGAUCGCAGAGGAGAUGGCGGAGACGAUCCGGGACACGUUCGAUUCGGAUGAUAGCUGCGUGGUUGGGUGCGGAGCGUAUAUGGAUCGGAAGGGGAAGAUCCAUCUAGAUGAGAUGGAGGCGAGUCAGAAUGAUUGGUUGAGGGGGAUUGGAAUGAGGGAUGCGUAACGGACCUGCCCGUAUACAUCAGUUUGUAACAAUCUAAUCCAAUUUCCUUUACAGGUCUCGUACGCGGAUUGCCAACUGCCGCUUGCUAGGCCCCCUGAGCGGAGACGGUACUAAUACUCGACUGUCGCGCUCAGUGUGAAUUCACGUUUCGUGUGAAGAUCCGAUCUUUGAAACACUGAACGUCAGAGUGAUCUCGAUAGAGUUGUAUUUGUGUGGAACUAAUCUACAGAAAAGAAGAAAAGGAAAGGAAAGGGCAAUCUACAUGGUGGGAUAGAGAGAGACCUGCAGGUCUAACACAAACGCAUAGAAUCUCUUAGCCACACUUGUUCAACCACAUAGAACAAGUAAU